GUCUGUUUUUAUUGGGGUCGAAAGUUGGAGAUCAGACUGCUGAGAUUUAUCAAGAACUAGAACUAGGUUAGAAAAUAAAAUAGAAAUGAAUGAAGAAUCGAGAUGUGGAGAAUUACAGCAGCUUGUAAGAGAAGAAGAAGAAGAGGAACCUGAAGAGACGACAAUAAACCCUGGGGGUGAAGUGACACCACCGACUACGCCAGCAAAAUCAAAGCCCGCGACAAAUAAUUAUAUUCCUCAUGCAUCUUCACAACAAGUACUCUGGGAAAGUAACACGCAGACAUCACCGAUCAUCAGCAAAACGAGUUCUGAGCAAGCGACGAGUCAAGGAUCGAUGGUGUCGGGAAAAGUAAACAACACAAGCCAUGGAAUCAAUCAGCAGCAUUUGUUGCAGCAGUCGCGGCUUAUGUACGUCAAUGAAAAAGACAAACAACGAUCUAAUAAAUCUGAUUUUACUGGCAGGAGUCGUCAGCAUCGAGCAACACCAAGUGCCCAAGUAGCAUGCAAGCAUCAUUGCUUUUUGUCAGAGGUCCCAGAUGUCAGAAGAAUGGAACAGGCACUGCUACAAUUACUCGAAGACUUCCACAGCGGAAAUCUCCGUGCAUUCGCAGGAAAAGACUGCAGCAUGGAACAAAUGACAGAAAUAAGAGAGCAGCAAGAAAGAUUAGCACGAUUGCACUUCGAAAUCGGGCAGCAACAGCCGCGACAUCAAGAUAUCGGUGGCGAUACUAGCGGAGAUUCAUCCCGUGGACUCGGACAAUCUGGCGCUAACAUGCGGCAUCUUCUUCACAGGCUACAGCAGCUCAGUAUGUGUAUUGAGAAAUUGCACAACAAAUAAUAAUAAUAACAAUAAUUAUAAUAUAUUAUGUACAAAUUUUAUUUUAUAAAUAUUUAGUAACAAUGUAAUUAUAAACUUUUGAUUCUGAAUAAAUAAAUAUUUUUUAAGUCGUAAAACCUA